AACACGAACGUUGCGCAAUUUUGUGAACACGCAUGCACAAGAACAUGUGACGUCGACUCGUUACACGCGGAUAUAGUCGGAUCAUUGACCAGCGUUUGUGAAAUCGCGUUGUAAAAUUCGCAGCUGGUUUUACAUCUUAUUCGGUUUGCCAUGGAUCCUACCGAUACACAAAAGCAUGAAGUCAACAACUGGGAAGACCGAGGAGACCUCGAGCCGGGAGGAAACGGCGAUCCCGUAGAAAAGCUCACAAAGCCAUUUUCCGGCUCGAGCUUUGGUUUCAACCCCGAUGCUGCGCCAUUCGUGCCUUCAUUUGGCAGUGCCCAACCUCAAAACAACAUUGUCCAGAAUGCAGAAAAUACUUCAGGAGAGACAAAUACAGUGAGAGAAUCGUCACCACCUGCGGCAGCAUCGCUAACAGAUGGAGGCGCUGGAAGAGAGGACUCUCCUGUGAGCAGUCAAGAUGAUGCAGCUGAUUCGUGGGAGGCGCAGGCUGAAGAGAGCCCGGCGAGCACGCCGGAGGACGAGGAGGAGGAGGAGACGAGCGAUGCGCCGCAGGGAGAGGGCGUGCGCGCCCCGCCGAAGCCGAGGAAGAAGCACAUCAGCAACGAGCCGCUCGUGAAGAAGGAGCACAUCAACGUCGUCUUCAUCGGCCACGUCGAUGCGGGUAAAUCUACUAUUGGCGGGCACAUCAUGUAUCUUACGGGGAUGGUGGAGAAGAGAACGCUAGAGAAAUACGAACGAGAGGCGAAGGAAAAGAACCGAGAGACAUGGUACCUCUCCUGGGCCCUCGACACCAAUCAGGAGGAGCGAGACAAGGGAAAGACGGUGGAAGUCGGCCGCGCGUUCUUCGAAACUGCCAACAGACACUUCACGAUCCUCGACGCACCGGGCCAUCGGAGCUUCGUGCCCAACAUGAUCGGUGGUGCUUCCCAGGCCGACUUGGCCGUCUUGGUGAUAUCGGCGCGCAAAGGCGAAUUUGAAACCGGAUUCGAGCGAGGCGGUCAGACGCGCGAGCACGCUAUGCUUGCGAAGACAGCCGGCGUGAAACAUUUGAUAGUUCUCAUUAACAAAAUGGACGAUCCGACAGUGCAAUGGGAAGAGACAAGGUACAACGACUGCAAGGAAAAGCUCAUCCCCUAUCUGAAGAAGUUGGGGUUCAACCCUAAGACAGACUUGUACUUCAUGCCAUGCUCAGGCCUUACGGGGGCUUUUCUUAAAUAUCCUAUAGACGAACAAAUUUGCUCGUGGUACAGGGGACCUUGCCUCAUCGAGUAUAUAGAUAGCUUACCAUCGAUGAGCCGACAACAGGAAGGACCAGUGCGCAUGCCGAUCGUAGACAGAUACAGGGACAUGGGAACAGUGGUGCUUGGAAAGCUGGAGUCAGGGAAGAUUUACAAGGGACAGAUGCUACUACUAAUGCCUAACCGGACCUCGGUGGAGGUAAUGACCAUCAUCUCGGAUGAAAUAGACACAAAUGAAGCUGAAUCUGGAGAAAAUAUCAAGGUCAAGUUGAAAGGCGUUGAGGAAGAGGAUGUCUCCCAAGGUUUCGUGCUGUGCACACCAAAUGCACCAUGCAGCACUGCCUCUACCUUUGAUGCACAGGUUGUGAUCCUGGAGCACAAGUCCAUCAUUUGUGCAGGCUAUAGCUGUGUGCUACAUAUCCACACCUGCAUAGAGGAGGUCACCAUCAAGGCAUUGCUGUGCCUCAUUGACAAGAAGACGGGAGAGAAAUCGAAGACCCGGCCGAGGUUUAUCAAGCAGGACCAAAUUGCCAUCGUGCGUUUCCAGUCGGCGGGCACAAUCUGUGUCGAGUCUUUCAAGGACUUCGCGCAGAUGGGGCGCUUCACACUGCGAGAUGAAGGGCGAAGCAUUGCCAUCGGCAAGGUGUUGAAGAUCAUCGAGUAGAGAGGACCCGAGUGACGAAUCGAUCGGAGAGAGCACGGCCCGCGCAAUGAACACGAUGUGAUGUAGAAGCAAGAACCACCGAAAGCAUGCCAGAGGAUUUGCGACGGCGGCACACACCGAAAACUUGCGAGCUCGACGACCGUGCCCCGGGUGACCGGCGCGCGCGACCACUGCCCCCCGCCUCGUGAUGAACCCCCUUCCUUCCCCACCCGACGCGCGGGAAUGUGAGACGAUCCGGGUUUGCGACGGCAGGCGUCGCCGCUCGCUAUCGUGUCCCGAUGGAGACGUCUGCCUCCGUCGCUCCCGUCGUCGAAUUACGAAUCCGAUGGUGAGAGUUGUUGCGGACGACGACGACAGGUAGUCGGCGUCAUCGCUGCCUUUACGCGAGAGAGUUUGUCUGUUAGCGGUUAGUUUGCUCGUGUGCGAUUAGAACCAAGGCUCACCUCACCGUUAGACAUUUGUGUAGCGUGCAACUGCUACCACUGCAGGGACACAAAGGGUGUUAUUUUCUACAGUUUGGGGUUUUGUCGUUGAACAGGAUCUGUUUGUUGUGACUGACGGUAGAUAGGGGCCUCGCUAGCAACGGGGCAGUCACCGAUGGUGAGUGCGUCGGCGUCUGCGUUGCCGUGAGUGUUUACUGGUCGUCUGCGCAGAGCGUGGUCACUGGCUCGUGUCGUUGUGUGUCUGGAACGUCGCCGAGGUAUUUAUUUAACAAAGUGCUUGUACAAAACGUAUAGAACCUGUAUAGGCGGGGUAACGUGGGUGGAGCGUACCCUGUCGACUUGUUGGUUACGCAGGCUGUGAGUGAGUUGGCGUAUGUGAGGGCGACGGGAUGCAAUUUAAUCGAGUGUGAAAUGCCAGGGGGAGUCGAGUUUGUUGAUACGUAACGAGACUAACGACGUUGGGGCGAGAGCCAAGUAUAGGGGGUUGGGUGAACAGCUGUGGCCCGUUUGUCGGGCACGCGUUGUGCGCUUAAAAAAAGAUGUACAUUUCUGCGACGACCUUAUUGCUGCUGCUGCUGCUGCUGCUGCUGCUGCUGGUGGUGGCGUUUCCGUGUGCGUGUUUGGUGCACGUGUUGUCGAUUUUAGCAAUCAGUAACGAGUGACCGGAGGCAGAGUGCACACAGAUGCCGUAUUCGCAUGUAUAUUGUUUUGUUUGGUAAAUAUGCAACUUAAUUUGUUGGGAGGGGGGGAGGGCUGGUACGCGGCACAUUAAAUCUUGUUUCGUUGAAUGCUGGAGGUUGGUAGUCGCCCGCCUUUUAGUUUGUUGAGAGUCGUGGGGGGGGGCAUGCGUGACACCAGCUUGGAAGAUAUAUGACAAUGUGUAAAUGUUGGAAACGGCUUCAACUCAUUGUAGUGCACGAUUGACUUGGUGACUAUGUUUGUUUGGUGCUGCCCCCAUGUGGCAGCCGUGUUCGAUCGGUGUUGCCCUCACGUGGCAGCCAUUUACAAUAAAUGCUGGCCCCUCUGUGGCAGUCAUGUUCGAUCGGUGUUGCCCCCUAUGUGGCAGCCAUGUUCGAUCGGUGUUGCCCUCGCGUGGCAGCCAUGUUCGAUCAGUGUUGCCCCCAUGUGGCAAUCGUGUAUGGUUGAGGCUGACACCCUCAUGGCUGCAGUUGUUGCAUUGCCUCGGUAAGCUGUGUCUGUUUUUUCACUUCCCGGAACUAUUUUUGCAGGAAGAGCCACAAAUAUUUUCUCUGAAAUCCCAGGAUUUUUGUACACUGCGCAUGAAACUAGGUGACGUGUGUUAAUUUACAGUGUCGGUUCAUAGGGUCGUUUUUUUAAAAUAUGUCUGUACGAACCACUUGUAUAUUCUUUAUAGGUUGCAGGCUAGUGUUUGGCAAUGCUUUGUCAGCAAUUUACGUGUCUCUAAAGCUUUCGUAAAAGUCCGCCAGAUGGGGUUAGAAUACUGUGCCUAUACAGGUUUGCAUCAAACUUGCACGCCAGUAUGGAAAUAUAGGUUAUAAAGAGUAGUGUAAUGAGUCCGUAGUAGAGGGGUGUCUCUUUUUGUGAGGCGUCACGGGGAAUAUUUCACGUCCGGAUUGCUUUUUUGUAAGAAAAUCUGCUUUCAGACGAUUUCGUCUUAAUCUUAUUGUAGACAGUCUGAAGAAGUAAUGGUCACUAGAAGCUGAUACUUGUGAGUGCUAUCUCUCCUUAUAUAGUAACAUUCAGUUUAAACCAGUGGUGUAAAUCCGCUCUCUUUUGUUGCACGAAUGAAACUGGCUAUUUUGAUCAACAAAAAGGGGGUGUCAUUUGCCACAUCUACGUGUUAAACAGUGGGUCAGUCAGCAGCGGCAGUGUAUUACUUGUAGCUGUAUGUACCAUGGCCACUGACAGUAAGCUUAAGGUGAUGUUAACUGGACUAAGCUAUACAUGUGUGCAUAAGGCUGUUCUCCUUGGGUUACGUGGUACUUGACGUGCGCAGCGUUGGUAUAGCUAGUGGUAGAGCGCAGAGGAAAUGUAUUUCUAUGGGGAUGAAUCUAUCCGGUGGGAACGCGUCGUUGCUGUGCAUCUGUAAGCCUGCAUUUGGAUUUCGUGAAGGGUUGCCUACUCUGUGAAUAUAUCCCACUGGUGUUACUGUUGCGUUACCAUCUUAUAUUGUGAAUAAAAUAAUACAGGCUUUGAAAUUGUC